ACUGCUCGUUUGCUCACCAGAAUGAAGAGCAAUCAAAGAGAUGUAAAGGCCCUCUACACAUACAGCUGAUACAUUUGUGCUAGCUAAUGUUUCAAAGCAACCUGCAGCUUACAGUAUGCAGUGAAGCUCUGUAAUGAUUUUUUUGUUACCACAGUGUGACCUCUCCAACUCUUGAAAAGCCCACACACCCUCACUCAAUGUGUCUGAUGGGAUUCAGCUUUGAUAUUCAUCUUCACUUCCAGUUUCCCUGGCUGGAUCCAUAUAGAGACAGUCUUAUGUCGGUCUUAGCUGCCAAGAGUCUCCAGCAUUUGGAUCGCACAACAAAUCACUUUUGCGGAAACAUCCAGAUUCUUUUUGAUCUCUGUUCCCAUCACAGCAAGUAUGCACUUGCGCCAAGAGCAUACUUGCUGCCUUUCAGAUGUGUUGAUGUGCCGUAUGAUGGUCGUCCACAAACGCUUCUUUUAUCCUCUCCAGGAACAACAUAUAAGAUAUGUGCGGGGUAAUGGGCCUGCAGGACCAAAGCCCUCUCUAAAAUAGACCACUGUGAUUCCCCCGUUUGAUGUGCCACUCAAACUCAAGAGCAUGUGUUUGAAGUUUUUUCAUCUCUCAAUUAAUGAGUGGCCUAUUUGAAGAAGAAUGACAAAUCAGAAGGGAUUAGAUAUGCCUCUCAUUGGGCACUCGUCUCAUAGAUCCACAAAGACUCUGAAAGCAGUGUGUGCGUGUUUAUGUCUGCACAGUUUGAUGAUUGUGUGUGACUUGUACAACGGUGCAAUAUAGCUGACUAAGAGCUCCCAGAGUGGUAUAUCAUUCUGUUGACAGCGGGUGAAAAUGCAUAUGCACAAAAGAUUUAUAGGUCUCGUCUGUUGUGGUGUAAAGGAACUGAGCGUGGGGGUGUUGAUUAAUCGCUUUGCUCUUUGUGUGCCGUGAAAGAGUCUUCAGUCUUCAGAGUCAAGCAUUGUUAGAACAAUACUUAACUUAAGUUGUGUCAGUAAAUUUCUUGCAAACUAAUUAAUCCUCAUUCAGCAGAAAUGUAAUCUAAAUAUGGUAGAAGGACACAGCCUGGGUUUGCUGGCAUGUACAGUACAUACAGUAAUGUCAAAAGCCUAAAUAACAGACUUUGUACUUAUUGAAAACAAUCGAUUGAUCUGUGUAAUAUGUAGCACGUAGUACUACUUACUUUCAUGUGUUUUGCCGGUGCAGCAGCUGAUUUCUAUGCAUACUGUUGCAUGUUAGAAAACUAAAUACAACUUUCAGGGUCACCUUUUAUAUUUGUCCUUCGUAGCUCACUAGCAUCGAAUCCAGACACAUGGGUCACAGACUGCCUUUAAAGGGAUUUAACAAAUGUGGUUAUUUAUCUGUUGACAUUCAACACGGUAGGGGUUUCUUGUCUGGCUCAGUUUGGUCGUCCUUGUUUGCUCCAUUUAAUGUUUCAGCCAGGAUGCUCUGUUCAGGUAGGAACAUGUCAGCUGGUGGGGCGUUGAUGUGAGCGUCUCCUCUGUUUCAUUGUGUAGAUAAAACUGGGGCACCCUGGAUGCUGGUUGUGUCGGACAAGACAUCUGGGGGUUCUGAUGUAGCUUGUGUGUGUCUACGAAGUGGCUGUUAUAUAACUAACUAUUGGGGGGGGGGUUGCAGACGAGCACAUGUUCCUGAUGCAGCCGAGCGUUUCUUUGGGGGGGGGGGCUUGCCAAACUGGAUGCGGCUACUUCAGGCACGGCUGAUUGGAAACUAAAGCCAAGCUGUGUGGCCGCCGACUACUCAUGUAGACUUAAUAUCCACGGUUCAUUCCUCCUGUGCCGUCCUUCGUUAAAGUACAAGAGAACAAAAGUCCGCACAGAAACGUGUGAAGAGGAGAGAAUGUUCUUCAUCUCUCAGGCACACAAACAGUCCCUCCCAGUGCCUCUCCGUUCCAAACCAUAUCAUGCUAUCUCAAGGUUGAAUUACUGCUGCUGAAUAUUCAUUGCCAUCUUGCUAUAUGCUGGUUUUGAAUAUUUAGUAGAAGCAAUAGAAGCAGAAUUGCUUCUCGUUGUUUUAGUUUUUUUUAAGAACAAUCUCUCUACAGUGCUCUAGCUUCUCAUUGAUUUUGUACAAAAGGCAGCGUCUUCUAGACCAGAGGAUUCAUAGCAGUCAGAACUAUAGCUUACUGAAAAUACUUCUAGAUCUGUUGUAAGGUUGCUUGUAAAGAGAAACAAGGGGACAUGCAAUGAACAGGAUUUCUUUAAGUGAUCCGAGUGUAUUUGCUUUCAUUUAUUAUAAGGAUGUUGUUAUAACCAAUGAGGGCAGCGGUAGCAGAAACAACUGCUUUCAUAGGUUGUCUAGUACUCGUCAUGAUGUGUUGGAACAUCCCUUUUAAAGUCUAAAAUGUUCUUUUUAAAUAGCUCUUUUGAACACCUGGCCACUGCAAUGGUGUACCUUUGUCACAGCAGAGAGCAGGCCCUUUAUGAGUUAACUGCUGACACUUAAGCAUUCAUUUCCACCCACAACCGCCCUGAGUUCUGCUCGGAGGCUUGCAUGACACGGGGAUGUUCAGACUUGUCUGUGUAACCGUCAGCUGCCGACGCACACAGAAUUCACAGUUGAAGUUCGGCAGCACUGUACAUGAACUUGAACACAAACAAGAGCCGCUAAAGACGAAGCGAUCUUUCAUCUCCGUAUUCCAAGAGAUGAAUGAGCUUCAUGUUGACAGAGUUGCUUAUCAGCAAGGCUUGAGCCCACAGUACCACCAGAUGCAGAAGUAUGUGAAGGCUAAAAAUUGUCCAGGAAGUGCAGCCUUUGUUGAAGUUCCAAGUGGUUGUUUCCUGAGGAAACUGCUUUGGCCUGUGUGCGCACUGAUUCCAUCAAAAAAUACAGAGUAGAAACUGUGUCUUUUUAUGUAUUGCUCAACCUCUGCCUAACUGGGCUUUUCUUACUUUCAGACCUUUCUUUUGUUUCUGCUUGCUGCACCAUCUGAGCUUUGUGCUACACAUGGCUACACAGCCUUGAGCAUCAACAGUGUGCAGCAGAGAACAAGAGCCAGUUCAACCAGUCUGCAGUCAUUGGUAAUCUUCUGUGUUGCUGUUUCAACCUGAAAGCAUUUGUGUAUUUCGGAGGACGUUUCCUGAUUAUGGCUUCUUUAUGACUGCUCAAACACCAACCUCCAUAAUGCCUGUGACACCAACAAAUGAUAAGAUAGUGGCUCUGUCAGGUAGCCAAGAAAGGCAGACCUCCCUCCAGCCAAGGCAGUAAUAGUUUAGAAGAUUGUGCAAUGUAUUUAAUUUUUUAUAAAUAGAUAUGUCAUUCAAAUGGGAGAAGUUUACAGUCAAAACACCGUUAUUCAAACCACCCAAAAUGGCCAAAUGUGGUAUCAUUAACUGUAAUAUUCAUCAGACUUUGCUGUUUGGAUCUGAUUGCUCAUUGCAGCAUACUUCAAACCAGACGGGCCUUUUUUGAACUGUCCUUAUUGGAUGUGACGAGCUGUGUGCUGUGUAAACACCUGAGAGAUCCCUCCAGCCUCUCACCCACAGUCUUCUGGUCUUCUCUGGCUUCUCGUCAGACAAGAUGUCUGCUGAGCUGCCAGGUUCAGCUAAAGCCCAGCACAUCAUCUGCUUACAUAACGCAGACAGAAUUGUAUUUGCCGAGGCCUGGCAGUGCGAUUUCCAGCUGUGUUUGGAGUGAGGAAAAAAAUAGCAAAUUCCAGCUGGGAGAGACUGGAAUGAUGCAGUCGGUGCUGAUUCUGGUUGCUGCUCGCUCUACAGGGGCUAUUGUUGCUCCUCUAAACAGCUCAUUCAUUGUGGAUGAACUCUUCAACCUGGGGUGUAGAGAGGUCUAAUGAUGUCGCUGCCUGUGGCAGCUGUGUGCUUGAACUCAGUCAGGGUCCAGAGAUGAAACCGCUGCAUGGCACCGCCCUCUAACUUAGUACUAUAAGGCUGUAUUUAUAAUGGGCUGCUUUCAAUGUGACUCUAUAUCAUUUGUUUGAAUAAAUUGCCCCUUUUUUUCCAAAGUUGAUUCUCUUCAUUAGCCCCGCAACUCUGGAAUAAUGGCCUCCCUCACCACAGGUUAUGAAUCUCUAAAAUAACUCGCACAGUCUAACCCACCCAAUGUGACAACAAUGUGAGCAACCACCUCUAUGAAGACAGUUCUCCUCUGUCACCUUGGAGUGAUGCACAUUGUGGAUGUGAGUGUCAGAGUGUUGUUGGUAGAAAGAAGCAGUUGACCGAUGGUUUGCAGUAAACUGACCUCUGAUAGUGGGUGGUUGUAGAUUAUUUUUCUGCUAAUUUCUAUAUUAUUAGAGCUUUUGCAUCAUUUUAACAGCCUUGAACUCUUAAUACUAGGUGUCAUGCAAAUGUAUUUGCUAUUUCUCUAAUUCGUCAGUGUUUCUUCGCAACAAUGUCUUCACAACUCAGAUUUGAGAUUUGACUUCAAAAACGUACAGUUUACGUCGUUCUACCCAACAAGGAAUACUUGUCACUGACUGUACACACCACACCAUCGGAAGGUAGCAGCCAGUACAAGUUCAUAAUGUGCUGUACAGAAUAUUAUAUCAUAUAAAACACAUCAUUCUGUCUGAAUAGAAAUACUGUUAAAAUGAAUUUUCUUCCCAAAAGUUGUUCGUAAGUGCUGGGAUGUUUUACUUGCAUCAUCAAAGAUGAUUGCUAUUUAGAAAUACUAAUUAUGCUAUGAUGGGAUUAGCCUGAUUUAUUAUAAUUAAAUUUCCAGUCAUCAGUCAGAUCUCGUUAUGCUAUGCUUAGUCUGUCAUUUUAUAAUGCUUAAUUUUUGCUAAUAUGGGAAUAUCCUUUUCUACUGAUUUGGUGAAUCAAAGGAGAGUAUUUGCAUAGAUCGCUCUGUAACUACAGUGUUUAUAUCACAUAUCAAAUAUACACAAGAUCAUUUGUGAUCACAAUCAUUUAUAGUGUGCAGUGUUUCUCAAUCCAGCUGCUCAUACCAAUUAUAACUCACUAUCAACGUCACUUUGUGUUUGAGAAAUGAUUACAAAACUUUGUCUCCAGAGUUUAUAUUCUGCGCGUCUCUCUCUCCACCCAAAUUACCUUCAACCAAAUUUGGCAUUUUCUUUACAUUUUUUGUGCAAAUUGUGGAAUUCAUAUAUGAGCAAUCCAAGCAGUUGAUUGACGGAUGUCUACUCCUGGUUUGUUUACGGUCACAUAGGACUUUUUGUUUAGUAGUAACACUAGUCUGUCAUUCAUUGCACUCUGUGCAGUUCAUGGCAGCUACUCUGUACUGUUGUUUAAGGUCUGUGGGGGUUAACGGGUGGUUUGAGUUCAGUGUUGGUCAUGUGACCUCCAUGUUGGUGUGUACGUUGGCUCGUGCAGCUGCUGAUUCUUCUAAACCGUGCCAUGCAGCUGUGUUUGACACCUUAUCACCCCUGUCCCACAUGUCCCAACACUGUUUGUUCAUCUCCUCUUAAGUGUGUCAAGGCUCAACACAGACUGAGCACAAACAACUACAGGCAGUGGAAUGUUAGGCACAGAUCUCUUUCCAUGACGGCAACCACAAGACUAUGGAGUGGAGGUCUGAUUUCAAUUUGGGCAGAAGUGCAGCCACUAAAUGAAGAGCAGGGCUAGAUCAACAAAGGGAUGUCAUCUCUCUUCAGCCUGAGGAUUAGUACGCCGUCCUGAUGCCAGCGUUCCCUUGGUUACUUUACUGUUGAGAAUUAUCCAAUGUAACAGGCAUCGGUCUUCCUGGUGCUGCUCCACCACUUUCUCGACUUUUCCACACCAACUUCGUAUGACUAAAAUACAACUAAAUAUGAAUUGGCAAUUAGGGCUGUUGCUUCUUAGUCGAUAAAUCAACUUUGAUUGUUUUCUUUGGUUGAUUCGUCAUUUUUUUUAUGCUUUUUUUCGUGCUGAAUGACUUAUUUCCCAGAAAUGUAUUAACACAUCUGUGGUAAACACAAGAUUUAAAGUGGUGCUUCUGUGUGAGUCUUUGUGGAGAAACAGAAACAGUUUUACAGAUCGGUCGAUUAAAUCAACUAAUCGUUAAGUUGACAAAACCGUAAAAUUCCGCAUUAUUCAACUAACAAUUUCUUUGUUGAGAACAGCCUUAUGAAAUAUAACCCUUCACUUAAUUUGUAAAUAAGACAUAGUCGAAGACAAUCUCUGUUAAAUCUCUGACUUUUGUAGUUUUAACAUUGUUUCCUCUUCAGAUCAAGAGAAUUACUUCUUGCUUUAAAUAACCGGGACCACUUGAUUUCUGACUUGAUCUGAUUCUAGUGGUUUGCUCUGUGGAACAACUUAUUAACAAGUGAAAACGAUGAAUAACGACAGCAGAUUUAUAUUUUACAUCAGACCUAAGCUGGUGUCUGUGCUUUGUGUCUGUCAGUUGGUUCACUGACUGAGAGACGAACCUUGACUCAUUCCGUACAACAGGGCAGGAAACAACAAGCCCAUUGGUCCUCAGUGUGCUUAAUGUCUCUAACUGUCACAGCCGAACAAUGUUGAUUCACCUCCAGAGAAUAGUCUGUGUGUGUGUGUGUGUGUGUGGACGCGCUUAUGUGUGCAGCCAUGAAAGACAGUAGUGCUAAGCUGCUUAGCUGGAGUGAGGUCUUUGGCUGGUGGUGCACUGGCCUGGUUGUUGGCCAAUGAUUUCCCUGCUGGGGAAGUGGUAGUCAGUGUGUGUUUGUUGUAGUCCAAAGACUGAGACUGAUCGGAUUAUACCUGUUUGAUAGACAGAAAGCUCCUACAGCUCUUGGCAAAACGUGUGGAGAUUCAUUGGCAUUCUCACACAGGAAACUCAGACCUGAUGCUGUAUACUGCAGGUCCCUCACAAGACUACUCUAUCGUAAAGGUCUGUCUUUUUAGACACUCAGGUCACAACACAGUUAUGCAGAAGCUUAGAAUAGAGCUCUAUGCACACAGUUGUGUAAUGGUCUCGAACCGUCCUAUGUCCUGAGGCACAUAAUGUAUGCUGACUGUCCCCCAUUAGAUGUGGACUGUUUGUUUUGAUCCUGCAGGCAUACAGAACGCUUUCAAAAGACACACAAGGAAAGGACAGGGGACAGAGAUAUUAUAUUCGUAACUUCAAGCAAGGCCCUGCAGACCAGACACACGAGGGCUCUGUAUGUGACUAUUUUACUGUGGCCAUGAGGUGUUAGUAAUGUCCUGUGGUUUCCUGGGCUCAUCUGUCUAAAGAGUCAAGAGAGGCAUGUGAGGAAAACCUGCCCAAGUGAGCUGUUAAAUCUAUGGACUAACGGUGACUAAUCGCCAACGCGGUUCGUCUGUCUGUAGGCUGUGAGAAGAAGGCCAUCACACAAACGCCUCGGUUUAGCCUCACUUGCACACACACAGUUUUCACUCUCGUUCUCUUUCACCUACAGCUUCUCUUUGUUUGUUUCAUUUUGAUCCACUUGCUGGCUAAUUUCCUCUGUGUGUGCUAAAAUAGUUACAGUGUGGCCUAUUUUGACAGGAUGCAGGAAGCAUUACUUUUCCCCCUGUAGAGGUACUUCCAAGGAAUGUAGUUUUAAGUGGCAAAGGAAGUGUGGCGGAGUGCAGGAGCUUGUCAAGCUAUGCAAGGACAAUAACCACCAAAGAUCACAAAUGCAACCUAAACAAGUUGACCGUAUCUACGCCAGCAAUUUACUUAAGUUACUAAAAGCACACCACAAGCAUUUGGCCGAAAGUCACCAGUUAACACGGUCACUUGUUAAACUAAAACACCAACCGAAUAUACGACAAAAACAGAUUAAGCUUCAAUGAAAACGCUGCUUCAUGUGGACAGACGGUACACAUUUUAAAAUAUGCUUCAUGUGUUUGCAGUGAGACUGGGUCAGUGUAUUAUCCCUGCUAUCUCAACGCUCCGCUGGCUAAUCCACCACACAUUAAGCAGCUUUCACAGAGAGAUCGCGACAGGUCAAUCUGCCACUUCUACUCGCUUUCAUACUGGUUUACUUUCAUUUAUUGGGCGAGUAAUGCAUUUCUCAAUAACUGUUGAGCUCUCUGCUUUAUUUAUAUGCUUUUUGUAUGUGUUAGGAACCCUGCCUCUUGGAGUUCACUGUAUUGUUGCACUCAUAACUGUGACAGUUGUUAGUGUGGCUGUAUCCUUUAAACGUGUUGUGCCUGUUGACUCAUUGCUUCAUGUCUGUGUGAAUGCAGGUGUUUCCUCUGCUACCUUAUUGCACUCAAAGUCCCUGCGAGGCCACAGAGACUGCUUUGAGAAAUGCCACCUCAUCGCCAACCAGAAGCUGUCGCGUUCCAAGGUCUCCCGAAGUGCCUACGAGGGCAUGAAGCUGGCCUUCAGCCAGAAACUGAACCGCAUCAUCCAGUAUGCCCAGAACAAAGACUCUGUCUCCUCCAUCGGCCCCGGCAGACGAGGGGCCAAGCUCCUUUGUUACAGCCAGCAGGGUGACCGCAAGCUGCUGCCCCAGUCGGACGCCCAGGUGCCCCGCUACACGCCGUGCUGGGACGUGGGCAAAGCAACGGGGCUGCCCGACUACGCCAUGGGGAUGUUGGAGUGCCGCACAGUGGAGGAGUUGGGACUGCUGCAGGAGGCGCAAUCUGACGUCUGGUCCAGUGACGGCAGGAACGGCCGACACAGUCGGAACCAAGGAGGAGGACAAACGCAGCACAGACACCAGGGCGGUCGCAGAGAUGAACUGACUAAAAUGAGUGUCGAUGACCUCCAUCAGCUGAACAACCAGCUGCUGAUGCAGGUUCAAAAGGUGUUCGAGGAGCUCACUGAGGCCGUGCAGGAGAAAGACUCGUUGGCGUCGGAGCUGCACGUGCGUCACAUCGCCAUCGAGCAGCUCUUUAAGAACUGCGCCAAGCUGCCCUGGCUGCACAUCAGCAGGGCCGGGGUCAAGGACAGCAGCAGCACCACCGGCCCCGUGGAGUGAGGCGCGAGCUGGCGGCUUCCGUCUCCUCUGGUGGGAGGACACUGAUAAACACUUCAAAGUCCGGGCUGAAGAAAAGCCUUUGUGUACAUUGAGUGACUUCUACGACACCGCGGUGACGUCAGGUCGUCGGACCUGUUUUAGAGCAGCAUUAAGGGCUGGGCUGACUCGGCCUCCGCUAUCGUCGCUGCAGUGAUGUUGCAAGGAUUAAUGGUGGCCGGGUCUGGCAUGUGACCUGAAUUCAACCCAUCUCAUGUAGCCACGAUGCAUGUUAAUACCAGGUGGAACGGGGAGUCAGGGUUUCCUGGCCCCGGUACACGGUGAGGACAUUUUACAAGAUGUUCCUUAAAAAAACAAUCAGUUUAUCUGCAUAAUUUAACAGAAAUGAUUGCUGUUGGUUUUAUUUUCUUUUGUUUAGUUUGCUGUCAAACAUUUCAGUUUUUCAUUGUCUGGACGUGGAUAUUCAAAUACUGCUUAAUACUCGAUAUUAUACUCGACUGUCAUAUUCAAACCAACAGGCACUGCUAGGAGUGUUUGGUUACUGUUCCACUGUCAAGUAUGAACGAGGUUUGAGCUUUUUCUUGCAGCUCUGACAACGGCUUGAAGCAGGAGUUUUUAACUUGCCUUCAACCUGCCCGAUCUUGACUUGAUAGUUUAUGAGAACGGCGGCGAUCAGAAAGAUUGAACAGUAAAAGACACUCUAACACAUUGAAGACGGAUUACGUCUAAUCCGGAGAAGAGCACAGGUAAGUGCAAGACAACACCCAAAAGUCCUCUAGAGCACCUCCGCAACAAAGAUCCAUCACAAGUGUGAAAGUCAGCAGGGCUGUACGAGCUGUGAGGGGGAUGAUGACUACUUUAGGAGUGCCCAUGAAAUAACAAGCAGCAGUUACAGUGAUAAAGUGAUAGCUAUUUAGUUUUUAAUUCAGCCUUUGGUUUUAUAGUAACUAUCAUUGCUGGUGAGAUUUACUUGAUAUUUAGCACAGAGCUGUCUCGCUAUCAAGCACAAGUCCUGUGUAUGGCUACACACUGAAUGAGGAAGAAGAACGGUUCAGAUACUGAAAGAGAAAUCCAGCUGCCAAACCAAAGUCUGUAUUCGUUCCAUUUCAAAUGUGAACUGAAACCAUGUGACUUCUAUUAGCAGAGGAAGAUGCAAUACCAAACUGAUUCAAAUAUAUGUGGCUUGGUGAUUUACAUCACUGUGUAAUUAUGAACCAUAGAUAUUUUUUGUUUCUCUAAAGGUGUUGAUGUGGAAAUGAUUUGUUCUCAUGUUACACAUGGCGUAUAUGUUUUAUAAUGAGUUGUAUUUAUCUUCCGUGUGCAGUGUUAGCUGUUUCCCUCUCUGUGUGUUGACGUGUGAGAGCCCAGUCGAUGUCACAGCAAUACAUGGAGGUCCCUGAUUUUAGAAGGAAAGGAGACAAAGCAGGCGAUGGUAUUACCAGUCGGUGUGUUAUAGCCUGCAGCUUUGGUUAACUUAUCAUUCAGGAACCCUAUGCUAGAAAGACACAAAUGAAACAGAAGCCUUAUCAAAUAGCAAAUAUGUAAAAGAAUAUUGGUUAUCUGAGACGAGGUCUCGGAGCCGCUGGAGUGUAAUAAGCUGGGGAAAGACUAGGUUAUAUUGUGAUUGAUGUUUAAAAUAACUGGCCAUCUCUUUUGCUCUCUCUUUGUAAGAGAUUUCAUGUAUUCGACCCCUUUUCAGGGAUCAAAGUUUGAGCUCCAUUUUAAUCUUUUAUCUUGCUUUCCUUUGUAUAACUGUAUUCAGUGAGCUUGAGUCUAUUCAGUAUUCAGUUGUAUGUUGCUGUUUUUUUAUUUUAUCUUUAAAAUAUGAAUGCAUUGUCUGUUUGUAUACUGCGGACACAUGCCCGGGCCUGUGCCUCCGCUCAGCAGAACAUCAAGAUGGAUCCGCUUGUGUCAUCAUCUUUUCCUGGAGAUGUGAGCGUACCGGCUGCUCCUUCCUUUAGAUUGGACUCUGCAUUCGUUUGUUUUCUAAUGUAAGGCUGCAUUUGUGUUGUGUGAGGAUUAUAUUUAUUGUGUGAGUGUGUGUGUUCAUGGACCUUACACAUGCUGUGUGAUUUGUGCUUUAGUGACAGUUUGUUUUUUUUGUAAAAUAUUUCAAUAAAACUAUUUUUACUACACAAUGGGA